AUGCCAUCUCAACUUUCGAACCCUUCUUUGUCUCAAAUUAUGGGCUCUACCUCGAAAUAUCGCCCAAGACACAUUGGAGUGCCUGCUCAAACGACAUCCACUCGAGAGUUAAUAGCGACCAAUCCUCGCAAAAAUUUUGCCUAUGGGAGGAAUUGCCGCUUUCGAGGACCGACAGGCUCUCGCUACCAUAUUGCUACCUUGUUGAAUCUGCAGCCUAACGUGACCGUAUCAAUACCUGCUUCUCUCUGGACUUCUCCCAUUUCCCAUCUUCCGUCUUCCACCCCCUUGUUUACAGAACAAGCAACAAAAAUGGCACACAGAAAUAACCAGCGAAAGAGCUCUCGCGCUUCCCCAAAGGGAACUUCCUUCAGUCCUCAAAAGCCCAUGCCACCUCCCACUAAUCCAGCGCUUGCACUAGCGCCGAUGGCUCCCAUGGAUUAUCGCACGCCCUAUGCCAACCUUCUCCUCUCCAAUGACGAGAGGUUUUAG